UGAUGGUAAAACUCCAGAAAUCAAAAGUGAAGCCUCUCUGAUCCUCGGCGACAUUUGAAGUACAAUUUGGAAGUUAAAUCGCUUUAAAGAGCACAGUUUAGCUCAUAGCGACUGUCGGAUUUUGUGAUGUCUGUUUUAAAUACGCCUUCUGUCUUUUCAGCGCCCCGUAAUGUUAUUUCAUCUUAACCUUUUCAUGUAAUACGCCACAGAAAGUGUGGUAACGCUGUGGUAAAACUGAAGAGCGUGGCCUUCAUUGUUCAUCCUUCUCUGGUGUGUAAAAUACUAUGAGUAAAGAGUCCAGAAUGAGGGCGACGAUAAAUCAGAAGCUGACAGAGAUGGGGGAACGAGAGAGACUGAAGGAGUUACUGAGGGCCAAGCUCACCGAGUGUGGAUGGAAGGACCAGAUGAAAGCUCACUGCAAAGAAGUGAUCAAAGAAAAAGGCUUGGAGCAUGUCACUGUGGAGGACCUGGUGGUAGAGAUCACUCCUAAAGGAAGAGCCUUGGUGCCAGACAGUGUGAAGAAAGAGCUUCUCCACAGAAUAAGAGCCUUUUUAGCUCAGCAUGCCACAUAAUUUUGAUUUACACUUUUCUUUAGACCACUUGCCUAUACAAUAUAGAAUAUUUUGAAUGAAUAGAUUUACUUUAAUUUUAAAGGUUUUGUUUUCAUUAUCUUAAAUUACCAUUGUCAUAGUGGCACACGUGGCUAUUUGAUUGCAUGUUUUGCUAAUUCUGUUUCUACAGUUGUCUCAUAUUUGUAUAUGCACUUACCUUGCACAUUUAGUUGUUCUCUGUCUAUGAGAUAUGCUGUUUAAAGUUUCUGAUUUACUGGACUUGAGUGGACAACAAAACAAUAUAUAACAAUACUAUAUUUGAAUAGAAGCUUUUACUGCCCUGACUUCAUUCUCUUCAUUAAAGCAGUUGUUGUUUGUAUUGGCCAUGUUUUUGAAUUUUUAAGGUGGUAUUGGAUGGAUACAUAGUUGCUGAUUGCAUUACUGUGUUUUCUACCAUUAUGAUGCAACCCAUGUAGUAAACUUUAUAAUGGUGUUCAAUAAGAUGACUAUACCAUGGA